AUGAACUACUUAAACGUGGUGCGCAGCGCCGGCGAUGGAAUCAGAGUGACCUUCUGUGACAGCCCCGUACAGGUUACUAACUCAACGGUCAGCUAUAACAGAGGUCAUGGCAUCGUGAUCGAUCGUACUUUCGAUGGGCGGGUGUUUAUCAAUGAAACGCGAGUUGAAUGGAACUACGGAGACGGAAUACGUUAUAUUCCUCAACUUGGCUUAUCGUACCAUCCAGUGAUCGACGGCACAGUCGGUCGCGAUUCGGUCGCAUACUACGAGCCGGAAAAGCCAGAGGUGGACAUUUGCUCACAGCGCAAUCUCGACGGUCGAAGCAGGUUAUUCCCUCGUACGUUUUCAGCCUCCCUCAUCAACGGAACAAUGCUUUUGGCCGAUUCGGCUCCGUUUCCUUGUUACGCGGUACGUGUUCCAUGAAA